GUCUGUCCUCUAUAGCCGAAGUACGGCCCAUUGUGACUGGUGCUGCCACCUGGCUAAAUGCUUUCUGCUGAAACUAGAACUCGCUCAGUGCUGCUAUCUGGUGGUUGCCCCUGUAGGCACGCUUCUAAACAGCAGCUAUUUUUAGAAUGAGACGACGGCUGCAGGAUAAUCUGGACUGCCUCACUCAACUUAAGCAAUCAGUUUGCAAUAUUCGAUACUUCUGGUAGCAGCUAGUUCUUUGCAACAGAUAAGCUUAAAGCUGGUUAGGGCAUUUCGAGGCUGCCAAGAGCCGAGCUUAGGUAGAUGCAAUAAAUACACAGCUGAUAAGUAGGUAAAUAAACGUCCACAGUAAAAAUAUUUGCAUCACACAUUUCCACCGCGUUUUCAUACGACAGACUCCUCAACACCUCUCACACAUCACUGACACUCAUAAUGACGAGCUCAUGCGUAACUUAAUUAGUUGAUAUAUGGUCAAUGGCCGUCAUUAUACCUACUCAUGACAUCAGUUGGCGAUAAAGUGUUCUAGCCGAUCUCACUUGGUGCGAAAUCUCGGCGUUUUUACAUCAUUUGUUUACAUAACAAAUCGCACAAUCUCGCCCACACUGCCGAACGACGCAGCUAAAGUUUACAGGUUUCCCCGCCAGAGGCGCUACAGUCACAUCAAUAGCGCGCUGUAUCUGCCUCCGGUGUAGCGCCCUUGGAGGGCCGGCAGCGGUCGCCGGCCGGUCGCCGGCGGGCAGCGGGCGAGCGCGUGCUGGGGCGGAGAGAGCGCGGGGAGGGUCUGAGAGAGGCCGGGAGGUGCGUGGCCAGUUGGGGUACGGCCGGUGUCGUGCUGGCAGGGGGUGUGCUGGUCGGGCGGAAGUCUGGGCUCAACUGGCUGUGCCGGGGGUGUGGAAUGGUGGAGCGCUGCCCUGACGGUGUGCUGUGUGCCAAGCCGCGGCCGGCGGCCGGGACGUUGCAGAACCACGUGGUUGGGUUGGUGACUGUGCACGGUCGCGGAGCUGGUCCUGUGGCGAGUGACCUGAGCCCGCGCUGGGACGGGAGCCGCUGAGAACUUACCGGUAAAGGGCCGAGUCACCGAGGCUGGAGACCGGCGUACUCGCGGUCAGGUUGGGUUUUAAACAGCGGCAGACGCCAUGGGCAAAAGCGCCAUCGGAGGCGUUGUGCCUCCACCGAGGGCCUCUAUCCUGCAAUCAGGUCCGGCUCCCACUGUCGCCUCUGAUGUGGCCGGGGAGGGUUCCCUGCAGGCGUCCGAUGACUCGGGCUCCCCUCCCACCGAGGAGCCGCCGCUCCGGCCGGAGCCGCUGGUCGGCUCCUCCUCGGAGAAGGACCCGCUGCUGGCGCUGCGCCCUCCCCCUCCCGUGGCGCCGGCGCCGGCGUCCUCCGAGCCGACUCUGGAGGACGAGUCGCUGCAGGGCGCGGCUCCGGACUCCGGCUGGCGGAUAGAGUACCACCUGCUGCCGCACUCGGUGCCCGCCGACUCGCACUACUGGCCGGGCGAGGCGGACGACGCCGUGCUGCCCGUCGAGGCGCUGUUCGAGGCCGUCUCCGAGGCCUCCCAGCCGUCCCAGCAGGGCAGCAGCGAGAGCCUGCCGCCCCAGGUGAAGACGCUGCACCCGGUGCGCCGCUACCGACGUAUGGUCUCCUACAGCCGGACCGGCCUGACGCCGCUGUACGGCGGACCGCCAGAGAGGAGCUCGUCGAUACCGGUCCACCUGGACCAGAUCAGUCAAGAUCCGUCGGCGUCCUCUCGCUACACGGCCACCCAGAAAAAGCUGCUCUUUGGUAUCGGCCUGGGGGAGCUCCUAUCGGGCUGCAGCAUAGCGAUACUCAUCCCCUUCUUCCCCACAGAUGCCCAGGCGCGCGGUGUGUCCGACACCGUGAUUGGCUUCGUGUUCAGCUGUUACGCUCUCACUCAUCUGGUUAUGACGCCUGUGGCCAGCAGACUUAUACCAAGGUUCGGGAUGUCUCAGGUGCUGUAUCUUGGCCUGCUGCUAAGCGGCCUCUCCACAGUUGGUUUCGGCGCGCUGGAUUUUCUGUCCAACGACACCGUGUUCAUAGCGCUGUGCUUUAUCGUGCGCAUCAUCAGCGCCGUCGGCCAGGCCCUGUUCGUGACGUCAUCGCUGACCGUGGUGGCCAGCCAGUUUCCCGAGGACAUGAACACAGCCGUGGGGCUGGUGGAGACGUGUAACGCCGUCGGUGUCUCCCUGGGGCCGGCCCUCGGCGGCGUGCUGUACGAGCUUGGAGGCUACGGCCUCCCGUUUUAUGUACUGGGCGGGUUUUUGUUGCUGUGCGCCGCCCUCAACUUUUGGCUGACGCCGUGGGUAGAACGUGACUCCAGCUCUCAGUUGGACUUUUGUCGGAUGGUGCGGGCAACCCUUCGCUCGCCAGAAAUAUGGCUCUGUAUGUAUGUGCUGAUUACAAUCUCAAUAGAUUGGUCGGCCAUGGAGCCCGGCAUCCAGCCGUACGCUACAAAAACGUUGGGCAUUACGGUACUACAAAUGGGCCUGUAUUUUCUGGUGGCCUCCGGCGCGUACGCGCUGGUCAGUCCCUUCUGGGGAAAGCUGGCUGACCUGACGGUCAACACGUACAUUCAGACAUCUCUGUGUCUGGCCGGCUCGGCGGUCAGCCUGCUGCUGCUGGCGCCGUCGCCGCUGCUGGCGCCGCUGCUUCCUUCCUGGUGGCUACUCGGGCUCGGUAUGACCCUCAAUGAGGUGUUCACGGCCGGCGCCUUCAUACCCCUCUUCGGUAACAUGCUCACCUCGGCAGUGGCGAGCGGGCUGCCGGACGACGUGGCCACCCAGUCUUUCAUAUCGGGCCUGUGGUGGGCCGUCUUCUCAGUAGGAAACGUCGCUGGCCCGGCGUUUUCGGGCGCUGUUACUGAAGCGUUUAGCUUCCCAAUCACUAUGACGUGUAUAUCCGUCAACACACUGUGCUGUGCGCUGCUGAUGCUGCUGCAGGCGUGUCGGCUGAGGGACGCCUGCUGCGCCUCCUUCCGCCGGAAGCUGACCGGAAGUGGGGAGGAUCCGGAGCGGCAGCCGCUGCUGGCCGGCCGCGAGCGGCGUGCCAGUGUGUAGUGUCUGUGUGCGGACACUGCUGGCUGUGCGUGUGUGUGGGAGGGUCCGGCCGGCCGGGUUCGGUAGCUCUUUAGUCACGGAGCUGCGCAGGAGUAGCUGAACACCGUUUGGUUCCGUCUUAUUCUGCCGAACGUCUAGAACCAGCGGCUAUCAUUACUCAUUGCAGCGACUUUAUGUAACCACUUGUCUUCAGUGAAGCUGUUUAGGUACCUACUUUGCGAUGCCCUUAGACCCUAGUAUUGAUAUGUAAGUGCCUUGCCUGUGUUAUCGCAAUACAUGACAUCUAUCGACGUUC